UGCGCGUCAGUGAGGAAACAGGAAGAGACCGAACUCUCACUCUCUUAAUUCUUCUUCGCAGAGACACGGCGACGAGAGGCGAGCAUCAGAUCCAAAUAAGCAGCAAACAUGAGCUGGACUCCGCAAAAGGCAAUCGUCAUCUGCGCCGUCUUGCUCUCCAACGUACAAGCGUUGGAGACAAAUGACUGGGGAGGAAUUUAUGAUGUGACGACCAUCUGCGGCCUCAGAGGAAGCUCAGUGGAGCUCGUGUGCACGUUCUGGUACCCGCAAAGAAAAAACGCUCGCGUGAAGACUUUGUGGUUCACCAAAGGGAACAAUCACAAGCCGGAAGAUUUGCGAUCGGACCCUCAGAACGCCGGUCGUCUGCGCUUUGACUGCCAAGACAACAAGUGCCGUUUGUCAAUCAGCCAGUUGAGGGAAAGCGACGCCGGCCAGUACAAAUUCAGAUUUGUCACGAAUGGAAACGGCUACACCGUCAAGCCUGGAGUCACUCUGACUGUCACUGAUCUCAGUGUACAAUUUGAGAAAGCACUGACAUGUGUCAACAAAUGCGAUCUGGACACUGGCACUUCAUACAUCUGGUACAAGGAUGGACAAGAAAUCCCAAACGCAAACUCUUAUUCGUAUCUACAGCUAAACGAUCCUCGGGGCCUCACGUUGGACGAUCGCUACAAGGCUCGUGUACAACUCAUUGAAAAUUUGGAAGGACAAUCGACUCUGAGAAUCAACAACUUGACGGAGAGCGAUUCUGCGGAUUACCGCUUCGGAUUCACCACAAAAACGUUUGCCUGGACGAGUACUUUGCCCGGAACCAUUUUGACCGUCGCGGUUGUGCAGGUGCAGGUGGUGCUCGUCAAGGUGAAUGACUUUAACGUCACCGCUCAGCUAUUGUGCCUCUUGAGCUGCAGCCCGCCAUCUCCUUUGUCUUUCUGCUGGUCGCGGAACGGACGGCCGGUGGGCCAAUGUGCCCCAUCCCAGAUGGACAAACCCCAAAGAGUUACUUUAAAUCCUGGCCAAUACGUCAGCUGUGCGGUGGAAGGAUAUCCGCUCGCCGUCUCUGCUCAGCUGUAUGCUCCGAUGACCCCCUCAGUGUUGCUGAGUGAUCCAGGUGAAAUAGUGGAGGGCGAUCCGCUGAUCCUGACCUGCAGAACCGACCCUGCGAUAUCAUGUCGACACCGAUGGUUUAAGAAGAUCAGAAACGCUGGCAGUCUAGAAAUAAGUCAUGGGGAACAACUGGUCUUCAAUGCUACCAAAUCUUCAGACUCAGGCAAUUAUUUUUGUACUGCGGAGAACGAGCUGGGGGCGAGGACGUCACAACCCGUCCGAGUCGACGUGAAAUAUGCUCCGAGGAACUGCUCCUUGCUGGUGCGUCCCUCCAAAUUCCCCCGGGAGGGCCAGUCCGUGACUCUGACCUGCAGCAGUAACGCGAAGCCGGAGCCGAGCUACACGUUGUACAAGGACGACCGACCCGUGCGCCUGGAAUCGGGAGGAAUUUACCGCUUCAUCUCCAUCCGCCCACAAGAUGCCGGACGCUUCUACUGCAAGGCCCGCAAUGAAUAUGGAGACGCCAACUCUUCAGAAGUGGUCAUUGAAGUCAGGUAUGGUCCUCGGCCUCCGGAGGUCUCAGCGAAAGGCUCCGACGAUAUCGGCCCCGGCUCUUGGGUCAGUCUGACGUGUAGCAGUGAUGCUAAGCCCAGCGCUAGCUACGCUUGGUACAAGGCCACCGAGGAGCCUCCCUUAACCACGGUGGCCGUCUACAACAUCAGCGACUACCAAGAAAAGGAUGCCGGCGAGUAUCGCUGUGUCGCCCGCAACGUGUUGGGAAGCCGCAACGCCACCCUGUGGCUCCCCCCCUCGGCCAGUUCACUGACCGUGGCCAUCGUGCGUUAUGUCGCGCCCGGCGGCGCGCUACUCGUCCUGCUUCUCGUAGCCGUUGUGCUGCUCAGGAAAAAGAUGACAUCAAUAGCUCAGCCAAACGCGAGUUCAGAUGGAAGCAGAGGUCCUGCGGACGACCCGGUGUACUCGACGGUGACUUUCUCCAAACAACCUCACAUUUACUCCAACGUCGUCGAGGCCCGGAGGCGCACGGGCGAGGAUCAGGACGAGGAUGUGGAGUACAGCCUCGUCAACUGCGACGGCCACGCCUUAAAGCUGAAGACUCAAGAGGAUGCCGGCGCGAGCGAGCUGUACAGCGCCGUGCAGAAAAGACGCAUUUGACCUCAGGGACGGAUCACCUGUUGACCUGAUGUUUGUGGCACAGCCAAAAAGUCCAAUUUUUUUUUUUUUGGACAAAUUUUUUAAGCCUUGAUAGCGAUGCAUUUAGUUAAUACAAAAUUUGAGAAAUUAGAUUAAAAAAAUACAGAUAUACUGUAUUUUGUUUACUUUUACAGAAAAAAACAGCAAAUUUUCUGCCCAAAUACAGAUACUAUAGGAAAAAAAUACUUUUUAGAACAAUUUUAAGACCUUCAUUUUUUUUUUUUUUACAGAGAAUUUUGGUAAAUUCACAAUUUUUUACUUUUGGAAAUAAUGACCUCAUGUGUCUGUUUUUUU